AUGGUUGACAUAGUCGAGUUAAAACCUCUGGAACAAAAAGCAGAUAUCCAAGACUUGAUCGCGAAGCUCUAUGAAAUAUCAGAACUUCGAUUAGACGACUAUACAAAGCCCGAAUUGCCUUAUAGACAACAAUUAAAUACCCUAUAUGCAAAUCCGAAGCUCGGUGCUUUGAGGGAUUGCCUAGCCGAGGCAAAAGAACGCUAUAGAAUUUCGAGUUGUCAUGAUGAUCCAGAUGAUAAAGAAUCUGUUCAAGAAAUGGCGAGGCUGGAUAAUAUGUUGCUUGGACAUGGAAUUUCCGGCUUAACCGGACCAGAAAUACCUAGCAGUGCUGCGGAAGAUCAAGAGGAUUACAAGCUAAAGCUAACAGAACAAAAAACAAAAUAUGAAAUGUAUAUGGAUGAGGCUGGAAGGUUCCAAACAAAUUUUGUGGAAAAUGCUGUCGCUUUAUUGUCAGAACAUGAAAGAAUCCGCCCGGUCACUCGGGACGAGAAAGAACGAAUGCAGGCAGUGAUUCAAAAGAAAUUCCGCCGAAUUCAAAUCUACAUCAAGCAAGCCGUUUGCGAGAAUUUGAUGUUGCUAAAGAAUCGAUUCUGCGAUGCCAGACGAAAGCGGCGGAACUUCUCAAAAUCGGCCACCGAUAUUUUGAACGAUUAUUUCUUCCAAAACCUUUCAAAUCCUUAUCCAAGCGAGGAGGUGAAGGAGGAUCUCGCGCGUAGAUGCAAUAUUUCUGUUUCGCAGGUUUCUAACUGGUUCGGAAACAAGCGGAUUCGAUAUAAGAAGAGCGUUGGGAGAGGGGUGCAGCCACCUCAGCCACCUUCAACUGGCACAAAUUUUGGCCCAGGACCAGGUGGUCCAGGUGGAAUGCCGGCUUAUGGCGUGUUAGGCAUGCCCCCAAUGGCAAUGUCCUACGGUUUACUCGGAAAUUCUAAUCCACAUCUUGGAUUUGAUUUGGCGGCUUAUAACCCUCAAGUGAUGGCCUACUAUUCAAAUUUCGGCGCCCAACCCGAACAGCCACCAAAA